UGACUAAGAUCUCUCAUGGCCCCAUCCCGAGGCCCGUUACCCCUCGCUCGAACUCUCCAUGUAACUCUUGAUGGGCACAAGGGCCCAGUCAAUGUUGCUCGCUAUGCAAAAGGCUCUGCAAAAUACAUUCUCACUGGCGGUCAAGAUCGUACAGUAAGGCUCUGGAAUGCCAGCCUCGGGACCGAAAUCAAGGCGUUCAAUGCUCAUGGCUAUGAAGUUUUAUCUAUUGCAGUGGCUCACGAUAAUGCCAAAUUCGUAUCUUCUGGAGGCGAUCGUUCCGUAUUUGUCUGGGAUGUUACGUCGGGAACGACAACGCGCAGGCUUCCAGGACAUAUGGGUAAGAUAAAUGCCGUCGAAUUCAACGAGGACGCGAGUAUAGUAGCUAGUGGUUCAUUCGAUUCGACCGUCAGACUAUGGGACCUGAGAGCCCAGUCUCGUUCGCCUAUACAGAUCCUGGAAGAAGCCAGGGACGCGAUCCAAACGAUACACAUCGAAUCCACCUCAAUUACAACAGGCUCUGUCGACGGACAUGUUCGGACGUACGACCUUCGGAAAGGUGAAUUGCGGUCAGAUUACAUUGGCCACCCCGUUACUGCUGUAGUGCCUACGCAAGACUCACAAACAUUUCUAGUUACAACCCUAGACUCGCACAUUCGUCUCAUCGAUGCAACCAACGGCAAGAUGUUGAACGAUUUUAUAGGACAUACCAAUUCCUCUUAUCGAUGCAGAGCUUGCUUUGGACUUGGGGAAGCGACCGUUGUAUGCGGAGAUGAGGAUGGCAUGGUAUGGGCUUGGGAUUUGUUAGACGCAAAACUAUUGCAACCCAACCCUCCGCCAAAGGUGCACAGUAAGGUCAUCACUUGGACUGAACACCACCCAUCCGACGCAGGCGAAAUGAUUACUUCUAGUGCAGAUGGAACAUGCAAAGUAUGGCGAUUGAACACAUAACAGGUGGAUACGUGAAAUUCUUCUCUGUGAAUAUAUAGAUACAGCUUUCACACCAGUAGCUAUUGUCGGUCCCGAUUGAGAGGACGUUCACCGCUUCAUUUGAUUCUGAGCCUCUACACACACAAAUAUGUUAGCAACAUUCUGUACGGCAUUGAUAGAACGAUCAGGGAAUACCUCUGCGUGUUGCAUCCUCUAGUAGCUGUGUGUCAACAUGCUCUGCUGGCAAUUGCACGUAACGAACGACAGAUCCACGAAUGAAGCAGUUUUUCACGGCCAUCAUAUGUGGAUGUCUGGCUUCGUCCAAUACGGUGAUAUUGUCAAGUCGUAUAUUCAGAAAUUGGUCGACCGAUUUGAGUACACCGGUAAUCGAGAGAUCAUUCUUGAGCUCGACAGUGAC